AGGCGAGCUCUGCAGCUGUCGGUGGGAGGGUCCUUCGAGGCUACAUGGAGGAGUUUGGUUGCAGGAAGAAGCUGCAGCAGUGAAAGAAGUGGAUUUAAAGUUUAUAUGACACCAAGUUUGAUUCAUGUGAGCCACCGAAGGAAAUUAACAAGCCAGCCAUGACGGUAAUAAUUGGGUUUGAGGGCAGUGCCAAUAAGAUCGGCAUAGGAAUCAUCAGGGAUGGAGAAGUUCUUUCCAAUCCUCGACGCACUUACAUCACACCUCCUGGUCAAGGAUUCAUGCCGAGCGACACGGCCAGGCACCACCGUGCCGUCAUACUGACCGUCCUGAAGGAGGCUCUGGAACAAUCAGGGCUCAAGCCUGCAGACAUCGACGGGGUGGCGUUCACCAAAGGUCCUGGUAUGGGCGCCCCCUUGGUGACGGUGGCUCUGGUUGCUCGUACAGUCGCACAGCUUUGGGGGAAACCGCUGCUCGGUGUCAACCACUGUAUCGGACACAUUGAGAUGGGUCGACUCAUCACCAAGUCCGACAACCCCACUGUGCUCUACGUCAGUGGGGGGAACACACAGGUCAUUGCGUACUCACAGAAGCGGUACAGGAUAUUUGGGGAGACAAUCGACAUUGCAGUUGGAAACUGUUUGGACAGGUUCGCCAGAGUUAUAAAGAUUUCCAAUGACCCCAGUCCAGGCUACAACAUAGAGCAGAUGGCCAAAAAAGGGAGUCACUAUGUGGAGCUGCCAUAUACUGUUAAAGGAAUGGACGUAUCAUUUUCUGGGAUUUUAUCCUACAUUGAGGAUGCUGCUAAUAAGAUGCUGAGCUCUGGUCAGUGUACAGCAGAGGACCUGUGUUUUUCACUGCAGGAGACGGUAUUCGCCAUGCUGGUGGAGAUCACAGAGAGGGCCAUGGCUCACUGCGGCUCCCAAGAGGCCCUCAUCGUCGGGGGGGUUGGCUGUAACAUGCGUCUGCAGGAGAUGAUGGGGGUGAUGUGUCAGGAGCGAGGAGCCAAGCUGUUUGCCACAGAUGAACGAUUCUGCAUAGACAACGGAGCGAUGAUUGCUCAAGCUGGCUGGGAGAUGUUCAGGUCCGGUCAGGUGACGGAGCUGGAAGACUCGUGGAUAACACAAAGGUACAGAACAGAUGAAGUGGAGGUGACGUGGAGAGACUGACUGAUGGACUAGAGCCAUGUAGGUCUGUUAGGACUGGAGUGCAGCUGGCAUCUGAACACACACUUCAUCUCUGCUGCAUUUGACAUGAAGAGCUAAAUUAGGCCAAACAUCGAAUGGCUUCCACUUCACUUGUGUUUAGUCUUUGUUUUUCUUGUGAACAAAUCUAAUGAAAAGACCAAACCCAACAUUGAGCUGAUUCUAAUAAGAGUUGUGUAUGCAAAGAUCGUCAUACAGCGCCCAUGAGAUGUGUAUUAAUGCAAAUCUGAGUUUCCCAACUCAUGCACAUUUUCCUUGUUUGAGUAACAUUUGCUAAAAGCUACAGUGCCCAUCUGUUAGUCUUUUUUAUAAAAGGUGGUUAGGGAUUUGUAUUCAGAGAAGGGAGAUAUCUUUUGCAUGGGAUUUAACACUAUAAAUGGAUUUCAAGCUUUACAAUUAAUGGGAUAGUUCAUCCAUAAAUCUACUCACCCCUGUGCCGUUUGAGUCC